UUUAAUUUGUGGAUACAACCGAGGGCCAUUUCUUUCGACCUGCCACCCCGAACACGAUGAUGCAAGCUCCGGUCAUGGUCUUAAACACAAACACCCAGCGCGAGACUGGUCGCACUGCCCAGCUAGGCAACAUCCAAGCUGCCAAGGCUGUGUCUGAAAUCGUGCGCACAACGUUGGGCCCCCGCAGCAUGUUGAAGAUGCUCUUGGACCCGAUGGGGGGAAUCGUCAUGACGAGCGACGGGAACGCCAUACUUCGUGAAGUUGACGUGUCUCAUCCCGCCGCAAAGAGUAUGAUUGAGUUGAGCCGUGCACAAGACGAAGAAGUGGGCGACGGGACCACGUCGGUCAUUAUUUUGUCUGGUGAGAUGCUCGUGGUUGCGGAGCCAUUCUUGUCGCGGCAGGUGCACCCCACCGUCAUCAUUCGCGGGUAUCAUCAAGCUCUCCAAGUGUGCUUGGAAACCGCAGAACGCAUGGCGAAGAAGAUCGAUAUCCACGACAAACCAUCGAUGCGCAAUUUGAUCAUGUCGAGCGUCGGCACGAAAUACUCGCCGCGCGUCGGGAACAUUGUGAGCGACUUGGCGUUGGAAGCCGUGCUCACCGUCAUGCGCACCAACUCAGUGACGGGAAAGAAGGAAGUCGACGUGAAGCGAUACGCCAAGGUCGAGAAAAUCCCAGGCGGCGAGCUCGAAGAGUCGCGCGUGUUGUCGGGCGUCAUGUUCAACAAGGAUGUGACCCAUUCGAAGAUGCGCCGACGCAUCGUAAACCCCCGCGUACUCCUUCUCGAUUGCCCGCUCGAGUACAAGAAGGGCGAGUCCCAGACGAACGUCGAGCUCACGAACGAGCAGGACUGGAACACCCUCCUGCGCCUCGAAGAAGAAUACAUUGAGAACCUGUGCGCUCAAAUCGUCGCGAUGAAGCCUGAUAUUGUGAUCACGGAGAAGGGUGUAUCGGACCUGGCCCAGCACUACUUUGUCAAGGCCAACAUCACAUGCUUCCGCCGCCUGCGCAAGACCGACAACAACCGUGUCGCGCGGGCGACCGGCGCCACCGUCGUCAGCCGCGCCGACGAGAUCCAAGACUCGGACAUCGGCACCAAGUGCGGCCUCUUUGAAGUCCGCAAGAUCGCCGACGAGUACUUUGCGUUCUUUGAAGAGUGCCAAGACCCCGGCGCAUGUACCAUUCUCCUCCGCGGCGGGUCCAAGGAUGUACUCAACGAAAUCGAACGCAACCUCCAAGAUGCCCUCCAAGUCGCGCGCAACGUGGUGUUUGAGCCACUGUUGCUGCCCGGCGGCGGCGCGACCGAGAUGCGACUGGCGCAUGAACUCCGCCAGCGAGCACACGAAGUCGUCGGCGUCGAGCAAUGGCCGUUCAAGGCCGUCGCAGAUGCCCUCGAAGUGAUCCCGCGCACGCUCCUGCAAAACUGCGGCGCAGAUGUAGUCCGUGUCAUGACCGCGCUCCGUGCCAAGGUGGCCGCGUCCAACGGCGGGUGGGCCGUCGAUGGUGUCAAGGGUAUUGUCGUGUCGUCGGAAGAUCUGGCGGUCUGGGAACCGUUCCAAGUCAAGACCCAAACAAUCAAGACGGCCGUCGAAGCGGCGUGCAUGUUGCUCCGCAUCGACGACAUUGUGUCAGGGUUGAAAAAGAAGAACUAAUAGGAGGACCGCUGUAUACAACAAAACGCAAAUUUAGGACAACCAGUCUCCCAGUCAUCCAAACCAACGAAACAAUGGGACCCCUGCAUCCGACUGCAUGCGCCACAUCCAACGUGUUUGCAGGGGGGGCGUCGUCGUGCGAGAG